AUGGCUCUCCCGAUCGCACCUCAAGCUGUAGCAGGCGCAAUCGCAGGCGUUACUGCCGCUGCAGCCUACAUCGACGCCAAAUACCACAUCACCAAAGACCUCAAAGGCCAACGCGUCCUGAAAGCUGCCGCGCGCGAUCUCGAGAAGAAUUCACAAGGCAGAGGCCAAUCUCUGUGGUACCAAUUCGAAGCCCAAGUCCACCGCCUGCCCUCGACCGAAGAAUGCAUCUGGUCCCGAACCGGCUGCUACACCUGGGCCGAGACCUACGCAAACGCCUGCCGAUACGGCCAAUACCUCCGCCAAAAUGGCGUCGUUCCCGGGCAGCUCUUUGCCAUGUACAUGAUGAACCGGCCGGAGUUCCUCUUUGCACAUCUGGGUAGCUGGAGCAUAGGAAGCGCGCCGGCGUGGAUCAACUACAACCUCGCCGGCGAUGCGCUGGUGCACUGCCUGAAAGUCAGCGGCGCCAAGGUGCUGCUUGUGGAUGAAGACCAGGAGUGCAGAGACCGCAUCGAAGCUGUGAGGGAGAGGCUGGAGAGCGAGCUGGGCAUGACUGUACUGGUCUUGGACACCGGGUUGAAGGGAGAGAUAUCGAGGUUGGAACCUACUAGGCCUGAGGAUGAGCUUAGGGUGGGCAUGAAGGGGAAGUUCCCGCUCUUCCUGUUCUACACAAGUGGCACAACCGGACACCCGAAAGCUUGCCCCUUCGAGACGCAAAGAGCAGUCGGCUUGACACAACGUGUGGGUGCUAUGGGACUGAAGACAGGACCCAACGGCGAUAGGUGGUAUGUUUGCAUGCCUCUAUACCACGGCACGGGAGGCACGACGGCACUCGUCUGCAUGGUCACCGGCCUUACAUGCUGUAUCGGCACCAAGUUCUCCACAUCGAAAUUCUGGACCGAUGUACGCGAUUCGAGAUCCACCGCCAUAGUCUACGUAGGAGAGACCGCCCGGUACCUUCUCAACGCCCCUCCCAGCGAGCUCGAUCGGAAACACAACGUCAGGGCCAUGUUCGGAAACGGUCUUCGUCCCGAUGUAUGGCAGCGCUUUGUCGAUCGCUUCGGCAUCGAGAUCGUCGGCGAGUUCUUCAACAGCACAGAAGGCGUCAUGGCGCUUUUCAAUGGCUCGCGUGGGCCUUUCACAGCAACUUCAGUCGGACACCAGGGUCUCAUCGAGCGCUGGCGCUCCCACAACACUUACGUCCCAGUCGAGAUCGAUUUCGUAACCGGAGACCUCUUGCGCGAUCCCAAGACUGGAUUCUGCAAACGCAAGUCCUACGAGGAGGGCAGUGAGAUCCUCGUACAGAUGCCGAGCGAGCAAGCCUUUGUCGGCUAUUGGAAUAACCCGGAUGCUACUGAGAAACGCUUCGAACGCAAUGUCUUCCGGAAAGGCGACUUGUAUUACCGUACAGGCGACGCUCUCCGCCGCGACGCCGACGGCCGCUGGUUCUUCAUGGACCGCCUCGGCGACACCUUCCGCUGGAAGUCGGAGAACGUGAGCACAGCCGAAGUCAGCGAGGCACUUGGCUCUUUCCCCGGAAUUCAAGAAGCAAACGUCUAUGGUGUCGAAGUGCCUGGCUACGACGGUCGCGCAGGCUGUGCAGCCAUCUACAUCGACCCCGCACAUCUAGACUCGUUCAACUUCAACGCGCUACUUGCGCACGCGAAGGAGAAGCUGCCGAAAUACGCAGUGCCUGUCUUCUUGAGGAUACAGAAACAGCAGACUACGAUGCACAACAACAAGCAGAACAAGGUUCCGCUGAGAAACGACGGUAUUGAUCUGAGGAAGCUUAUGGAAAGGGCGGAUAAGGAGGCGAAGGAGCAAGGGAAAGAAGAGGCGGAGUACGAUACCAUGUACUGGCACCCGGCCGCUCUUGGAUCUGGCAAGGGCAAGAGUGGCGGUGAUGAUGGAUAUGUUGUAUUCACCAUGGCGGAUUGGGACUUGCUGAAGGGAAGUGUAGAUGUAGAGGGUGGUGCCAAGCUGUAA